GAUCGCAUGUCUUAAAGAAAUAAUGGUUCGAAUUAAAGUGAAUGAAGGGGUGUUGGAGGGUUGUAAAGUGGAUAAUGUUUACGGCAAACCCUAUUUCAGGUUCAAAGGUAUUCCGUACGCUGAGCCUCCUGUCGGAGAUCUGAGAUUUAAGGCACCGAAACCUAAAACGCCAUGGAAUGGAGUUCGAGAAGCAAAAGAACACGGCCCAGAAAGCUGCCAAAUGGAUGUUUUAUUUACACAGUCGCCAAAAUUCAAGGGUGAAGAAGAUUGCCUGUAUCUAAAUGUAUAUACUCCUAAUAUUGAACCAGAGAACCCACUUCCCGUCAUGGUGUUCAUUCACGGUGGUGGGUUUAUGUGUGGCAGCGGAAAUUAUGAACAUUAUGGACCCGAAUUUCUGAUAAAACAUGAUGUAAUUCUGGUGACAAUAAAUUAUCGUCUCGAUAUACUUGGCUUCCUAUGUCUUGACACCAAAGAUAUUCCUGGAAACGCAGGAAUGAAAGACCAAGUCGCUGCGCUUAGGUGGGUGCAGAAUAACAUAAGAAACUUCGGAGGCAAUCCUGAUAAUGUAACUAUUUUUGGUGAAAGUGCUGGAGCAGCCAGUGUAUCAGCACACUUGGUUUCACCGAUGAGUAAAGGACUAUUUAAAAGAGCUAUAACGCAAAGUGGAACAUCACUUAGUCCGUGGGUUCAAACAUAUGGAGCGCGGGACAGAGCUGUCCUCUUAGCCAAAGAAUUAGGAUGCGAAUGCGACAAUGAUAAGGAGAUAUUUGAGUUUUUCAAAAAUCAACCAGCUGAGAAUCUGGUGAAUAAAAAAGUAUCUAUAAUUUUCACUGAAAUCGCUAAAUUAUUUCCCCAUGUUUGCUUUGGUAUCGUUUCAGAAAAAAAAUUCAAGGGUCAAGAAAGUUUCAUUGAAGGGGACUUCUUCGACCUUAUGCGAACUGGUAAUGGUAUUCAUGAAGGAGUAGAAGUAAUGAAUGGAUAUACAGAGGAUGAGGGUAUUGUCUAUUUCGCAUUGGGUUGUCAUCCUGAUAAGGUGUUUCAACAAGCCAGUCAGUUUGCACAAUUCUUUGUGCCUCACGACAUAAUGAACCAUGUUCCCGUUGUUCAACAAAUGGCCCUUGGCAAAAAGAUUAAGCAAUAUUAUUUAAAAGAUCAAUUUGUAAACAAGGAACGUAAUUUUGAUGAAUUAUUAAGAUUCUUGAGUAUGUAUUACUUCAUACAUAGCUCCCUAACUUGGCAAAGUUUAUGUGCAAAGAGAGGCAAAAAUAAAAUUUAUUUAUAUAAAUUUUCAUGUAAAUCUGAGAGGAACAUUUUCGCUCAUACGAUAGGAUGCAGUUUCAUAUAUGAAAAGAGAAUUCCUGUAUCGCACAUUGAUGAUUUAUUUUAUCUAUUUCCUUUUACAAAUGACCUACCAGAAGUCAAGGUGGAUUCCAAAACCUAUAAAAUGAUUGAACAAGUUACCAAAUUGUGGACAAAUUUUGCUAAAUAUGGGAACCCUACGCCUGAUGAUAGUUUAGGAGCACAAUGGCUUCCAUAUACAUCAAAACAAAAACACUAUUUGGACAUUGGAGAGAAGCUAACACCUCGGGUAGCACCAGAUGAAGAACAAAUGCAGUUAUGGGAAGAUUUGUAUAGAGAGUAUUGUCCGCAAAAAUUGUGUUAACAGCUAGUACCCAAAUAUAAACGGGAUUUCCAAUGAGAUUCGUUUAAAAUAUUGCGAAAUAUAAAAGGAAAGCAAUGUCUGUCAUGAGCGUACUUUGUUUAGGAUAAACCUUAGAUCAUUAAGUAAUCUAAGGGAUAAACAGACGAUUUUAUGUUAAUUGGUGGGUAUUUAUA